CUGGAUCUCAAGCCGAUCCGGCAGCUAAAUGAAACCCGCUUCGGCCCUAUGUUGAUGCAACUGAAAGGCCGCAGACUCGUUCUGCUGGCAGCCUUCAUCGUCGUCCUCUGCCUCCUCAUCUUUUCGCAAUCAACCGUCCCGGAGAGCUUGAACUGGCCCGACCUUUCGGCUUCCCUUCCCAGUGUAACCGGCAGCAAGUCAUCCGCUCCGUCCAGCAAGAAGGGCAAGGACGGCUCGCCGGGCGUCGGUCGCUUCCACUUCCUCAUCGCUGCCAGCGCCCCGAACCUCCAGUUUUGCCGCGCCCUCGUCUCCUCCACCGUCAACCGGUUCGGUGCUCCGACCAUCGCAGGAUGGAACGCUACCGGCGAGAACGACGCGGCCCAGUCGCACUUGGCCAAGAUUCGCGUCGUCACCAAGUACCUCGAAGAUCUGCCGCAAUCCGCCAAUGAUGACCUCUUCAUGAUGAUUGACGGUUACGAUGUUCUCCUUCAGUUUGGGCCCGACGUCAUGAUUGAGCGCUACUUCAAGGCGGCCGAGAAGGAGGACGAGCGCAUCAUCCAGCAACUAGGACCUCAGAAGGCCGCGAGCCUGGCCGGACCCCUUGGACGACACAUCUUCUUCGGCGCCGACAAGGUCUGCUGGCCCGUGGACUGGCGCAGGCCGGCAUGCUGGGCGGUCCCGCCCGUUCCCAAGAUGGAUGGCCGCGAGUUUGGCCCCUUGACGAACUCCGGCGACAUGGUUUACAACCACCCGAGGUGGCUGAACAGCGGUACCAUCAUGGGCCCGAUUAAGGAGGUUCGCGAGAUGUUCCGCGCUACGCUCGACCUCAUCAACGAGGUGUACGACCCGGAAUACGAGUUUAGGGAAAGCGACCAGUUCUACAUGAGCGACGUGUGGGGACUGCAGGAGCUUGAGCGCAUCGAGAUGCAAAAGGAGGAGAACCCGGAAGCCGUCGUCAUGCGGCCCCCAGAAGACGGCUUCGUGCCCCAGUUGGAGCCUCAGUACAGCUACAACUUCCACAUUGCCAUGGACUACUGGAGUCUGAUGUUCCAGACGUGGGCGGGCUACACCGAGUGGGUGGAUUGGCGCAAGUUUACCGGACCCCUCUACUCGGUCGAGAUCAACCAGAACACGCGCAACAACUCCAACUUCGUGCCGUGGCAUCUCCACAUGCAGGCGGACGGCAUGAAGUCGCUCAAGCGUAUCUUCAACACGACCUCGGACGAGACCAUGGGCGCCACCGUCAACGAGCUCAUCCGCAAGUCCGAGUUCGGAGCGAACAUUGUCACGAAGCAGACUUUCCCUCUGCUCCACGUCACAGGUGAGAAGGGAGCCCUCGAUGCCUUCUGGCCUCGCCUGUGGUUCUUCCCUUACUCGCGAUCGCUGAUUCGCUCCGCCAUCAACUGGUUCCACGCUGGCGAGGCAUACACGCCCGAACCCAUCAACAACCGGCUCUGGUACCCCGCACACCCGUACCCCAAGGAGAUCAGGGAGACGGAUGGCGGCGCGUACUCGGACGCCAGCAACGACAACAACACUGUCUACUGGCUGGGCUUCGAGACGCUUUGCGCGGAGCACACUCCCAUCUUGUUUGGGGAGGAGUAG